GUUGCUAUUCAGAUUACUGUACGUAUGAAUGAUAAGAAAAUUACAUGGUACUCAGAAGUUUUCGAAAACGCAUCGUAUUCGGGCCUUUCAGUAUAUUCUUGGCGCGCAAAGAGCACAGACAUCGUGUUAUUAUUCGUGCAGUUAUAAAAAAAUAAAGCAAUAAUGCACCGAAUAUGUUCAGCACUGUUCCUUAUCAGCGCACUCAGCAGUAUCGCGAGAAAAGCUUAACAGUUUGAAUUUGCAACAUUUGUCAGUUUCGAUUGCAACACAGAUUACACGUUCCAACUGCACUUUUGAGACGAAUAAAUGGCCAUGCCGGAGCGGCGCAUGCAUUUCGAUAUAUGAAGUCUGCGAUGGCAUGAAAAACUGUCGCGAUAGUUCCGAUGAGAACGAAGAAGUUUGCAGAGAUAUGCAAUGUACUGCGGCGUCAUUUCGUUGUGAUUAUGGUGCGUGUAUACCAAUCGAACAGAUGUGUGAUGGUGUUGACGAUUGUGUGGAUUCGUCGGAUGAAGAACGUCAAAUGUGCCUCAAAAGGCGUCUUGAUGCAGAGAAUGAUGAAUUUGGUGAAGAAGCGCAACGAAAAAAAUGUGAUGGAUUUGGACAAAUGAAAUGCUGGUCAGGUCAAUGUGUUCGGAUCUCCGACAAAUGCAAUGGCAUAGUGGAUUGUGACGACCGGAGCGAUGAAUGGCCCAACUUAUGUGCCACGGUUGUAUGUGACAAAAGCACGCAUUUUAAAUGCAAUUACGGUGCCUGUAUAGUCUUGAGCGCUAAGUGUAAUGGUACAGCAGAAUGUAUGGAUAAGAGCGAUGAAGCUGAAAAACUUUGCAAAAAGGCUAAUGAAUCGCAUGGAUCCCACGGCACUAGUACAACAACAAUUUCUAAUAACACAAAAACACAACCUAAUAAUGCGACUGUAACUAUCACAAGAAUAGCGUUGAAAUAUCUAAAUAAGAAGUAUCAACCAUCUCAGUACUGUCCGUAUAAAUGGAUUGACAGUAGUGACUGCUGUACGUACGGUGGUCGUAAAGUUAUGUGUCAAGCUAUAUUGCCCAAAACAAUUGUUCACAAAGGAUGCCAAUAUGAUACGCGUAACUGUUACUAUCAAUGCAAUGAGAAAGGAAUUUGGAAAGAUUUUGGAUGCUGACUUUAGCCUUAUUUAUAAUUUCAAAUAAAUUGUUGUUUUACUUUGCUAUUAUAUUAUUACUGCAGUGAUUUUAUACUUUUAUUUAUUAAUUAUAAUAAAGCACUAUGCUACACUUGAUUAACUUAA